UGUAACUACUAUUUUCCCGGUUCCUAAUUUUUUUUAUCGAGUGAAGGACCGCCUGAGAAAGAUAGAAUUUGAUGGAGGGCGACGUGGAGAUGGCGGCAGCGGAAGCGGGAGCCGAGGGAGGAGCUGCCGUUGAGCUGGACGAUAUGAAGAAGAGGCUGAAGGAGAUGGAGGACGAGGCCGCCGCUCUUCGCGAAAUGCAGGCGAAAGUCGAGCAGGAGAUGGGCUCCGUUCAAGGUUCCUUCUUGCCUUCCAUUGAUCCAAUUUUACACUCCAAAAGCUUACAACUGUUGUGUCAAAUUUUGAGUGUUUGGGCUAAAAGUGCUGUUUUAAAUGGUGCAGAAAUGAGAUAUGCCAUUCUGUUUGUCAAGCUUAAAAUAUUAGUGGUGAGUUUACGCCUCCAACAAAUUUGUCAUGCAAUGAGGUAUUUAGUUGUGCAUGGGGAAGAACAAUCUGCUUGUUUGAAAGUUAAACGUUCAUGUUUGUACACUAUAGUUCUCUUUGAUUUCAAUGAAGGAGAUCCUGCUUCUGCAUCUAAUCAGGCAAAUAGGGAAGAAGUGGAUUCCCGUUCAGUUUUUGUCGGCAAUGUGGAUUAUGCAUGCACACCGGAGGAAGUUCAGCAGCAUUUCCAAUCAUGUGGGACCGUGAAUAGAGUAACUAUACGGACCAACAAGUAUGGACAGCCCAAGGGAUAUGCAUAUGUUGAAUUUCUUGAAACAGAAGCUGUCGAGCAGGCUCUUCUUCUGAAUGAGUCUGAACUUCAUGGACGGCAGUUGAAAGUAUCAGCCAAGAGGACCAAUGUCCCUGGCAUGAAGCAGUUCCGUCCUAGACGGUCUAAUCCCUACUUGGGAAGUAGGCCCCGGGUCCCAUACAUUCCUGCACCUUACAUUAUGUCCCUUUAUGGAUAUGGAAAAGUCCCAAGGUUCAGGGUACCCAUGAGAUACAGCCCUUACUUCUGAUCCUUUAUUUAUUAGCUUGAGACUUCCGUAUGCUGUACGAGUGCAUUUUAUGUAUUUGAACGCUUUUGUUUCUUUUCUCUCUGCAUGAGUGGUGUUUAAUGGAAUGAAGCUUUUCUGUAAGUCACAUUGUUUUGUCUUUUAAGUUGUUAUUUACCACUGUUAUGAUCGUUACUGUUAUUUUAAUGUAGUAUUCUGCUUGAACAUUGUACUUUCUUAAACAGUAUGAACAAGUAUCCCAGGGUUACGUGCAUUGUGAAUUAUGUUGCUGAACAUUUUAUGAUCAUUUAUGGAGUUGAAUAUGCUUUACGGAAUUACAUUGAAUAUAAUUUGGCAUAAAGACCGUCUAACUGUAACUUCUCGUAUAUUUUAA